AGAAACUCCCAUGCAAGAAUAAUUUGCGAAGCUGCUAAUACUCAAAAAAUUGAUUCAUCACGAUGCGAAACGUGGAUGCACGAGAAAUACGUCCGCUGUGUAUUUGGAGUUAAACUUUAUCCUAAAAUAAAUGUCAAAAGAAUUGUUCAUCAGCCAAUAAUA